CAAUGUUCCAGAUACCUCUGCUACCUAACCUUCCUCCGUCAGUGGUAGCUGGGUUUCCUUCCCUGGGCAACAGAGCACUGCUGGGCACGCCCACACCCACGCCCACACGCCCAUCACCCCCAAUAACCACGCCCACCAUCCACGCUAACCAUAACUCCAGUCCAGGCAUUAACAAGGAGACCCUGGUAGCCAUGAAUAAUAACAGCAUGGGUGUACGUGAUAGUGGGUGUGUGUCGUCCACUAUGUCCGUGGCUGCUACCACAUCCUCCUCCUCCACGCCCAUAUCCACCCCUGGUGGGUGUCCCACCAACGCCCGUGACGGACCCAUGGGACUGGGGGCGUCCGGGAUGGGCGGCCCUAUGCCCCUCAUGGGCGGGGCACCCAUGAGUGGGCUGAGUGGGGGUAUUGGGGGGUCGAGAGGUCCCUCUCCCCACCACACAUCCCCCACUCAUCCAGGACUACCUCCCACGUCUGUUGGGCUACAGAACUGCCACGGUACAAUGACACCGGAUAAGAACGCCGAGUUCUUUCUACCAUUAAUGAAGAGUACGGGUGUAGAGAACCAGUACCACCAGUAUCACCAGUACCCCCCUACCCCCGGCUCCCCAGUUCAACUCACGCCUACGCUACUUCUGUCACAAGUGGACAGGCUGGCGGACACGGCCUACGAACUGGUACGGAGUUUGCCACCGUUCGAACCCAAGACACAACAGCAGCUAGUCAACAAGCGCAAGAUGUCCAAAGAACUUGAGGAGAGGGAAGGAAGUGGGAAGCUGUAA